CCCGUGGCGAUGGGCUCACCAGGGGCGCCAGCAGUGGUGAAGGCCAAUAUCGCUGUUGCUCCUCCCAUUCAUCAAGCGGAAUUGGGCCUGCAGACGAACGGUCACCUCGAUUAACUUAUGUGAGACUUUGGAAUUGUAAGCAGGAACUGGGGACCAAAAAUCCAGAAAUUCUUGAGAGGAGGAGCCAAAACGCUGCUUUGCAGGGGUUGGUUGUGCUGGUAAGGUAUGGUAAGAUAGUAGCAGGCCGACGAUGCUGAAAGACAAUUAAGCAAAAGAUUGAUCCAUGGCGACGGCGAUGGAAACGGAGAUCAACAUGCUCUCGGACGAUCUCGUCCGUUUGAUCCUCAUGCAGGUCGACGUGGCCACCCUCUUCCGCUGCGCUGCCACGUGCAAUCUCUGGCGCCGCCUCAUCGCCGAGCCCUCCUUCCUCCGCCGCUACCCGUGGCCGCCCCCUCUCGCCGGCUUCUUCGCGCAGCAACGCCACCAGCUUCUACCAGGGUUUAACAACGUUAGCUGCUGCAGCGGCCUUCUCACGUUCCUCCCGUCGUUUGGAUCGUCGUCGUCGCCUCGGGUGCUCGGCAGGUCGCCGCCUGAGCUCCUUCUUCAGAGACGCCGCCAUCGACGACCUCCUGCUCGACCGUGCUCUUCCACUGGCCUCGCACAGCGGCCUCCUGCUGCUGCGCCUUGGGGGUCCCAACGAGCAGGUCGUCCGACUGGCUGUGUGCGACAUCCUCGCUGGCGCAUGCCACGUGCUGCCCGGCCUGGACUGCCACGGCAGAACCGGGUUCAGCUUCUUCGAGCCUAGCGGCUGUGCCAUCGUGCCGGACGACCCGGCCAAUGCCGCCUUCAGGGUGCUCAUGAUCGGCAUGGACAAGCAUGAGUUGCAAUUCAACCUCCACGUCUUCUCCUUCUCCGGCGGCGGUGCCGAGCGGAGCAGCAGCUGGAGCGCGCCUAUAAAGUGCUUGGACAUGAUUGAGCACAAGGUGUGUCUCCUGGAGCACGAGAGCGCCGUCGUGUGCAACGGGACGGCACACUGGCUCUUUGGCGGCUGGCGGGACGAGGACGGCUACUUCUUCCACGUCCUCGGCGUCGACCCUGCCGCCGAUGACCGAGACGGCCGGCCACGUGUGACCCUGACGAAGCUCGUGAGGCCAAACAAGCAGGAGGAGGGACGGGGUACCGAAGUGCGGCUCUACGACGCCGACCAUCUCAUCACCACCGCUGCCGCCAGGGCACCAUCAUCGGGGACGAAGACCGCGCUCUCGAGAUGCCUGUCGCUCUGCGUGUACCGCCAUGAAGGCCACAAGCUAGAGAUCUGGACUCCUGGAGAUGACGCUGCAGCAGCUGACGUGUGGGUCCGCACCAGGGUGGUCGAGCUGGAGCAGAUGGUCCGGCGGCUUGGACGUCCGACGUGCGUGCACUUGGGAGAGAAGAGCGGCAUGCUGCUCGCCGUUCAUGAUCGCCGGGGGCGGCGCAUGUACAUUGCCGAUCUGGAGACGGAAGCAAUGGAGGAGGAGGUGACGGAGCACUUUGCCGGCUUCAGCCGCUUUGUGCCCAUGGAGAUUGAUUGGCCGGCCUUCUUCGCGUCCAGGCUUGGUGGCAGGUUUUAGUAGUUAAUGGCACAGCCACAGCUUGUGUAGUUUCUUUAAUAAAAACAGUGAGUCUCCGUCAAUUUAUAUUACCCGUAGUAGUAUGUGUUUGGAUGUGGACAUUGACAAUUGGUAUUGGACAUUGGCAUCGUGUGAGGAUUGAGGGUGAUUAGACGGUCUAGACACUUAUUCUGGCUCAACAUUGAUCAUUCGGCGGUCCGGAUGUAACAAGCUGUGCCCAUAGUUUAUAUCCAAUAUUGAACACUCAUUAUUCCA